GAGCUCGCGCCUGUGUACGUCAUUUUCCAGCGACGUCUACUUUGUAAACAGUCUUGAAUAGCGUGUUCAAUGCGAGAGCAUCAACAAUGGAUAAUCUCGUUAAAGUGCAUGGUGGCGGGGCAAACUAUGACUCCGAUUUUAGUGACGAUGAAACCCAUGGAGAGACAUCAGAGAGCAAACUUAAAAGGAAACAUGAAGAAGAAAUUUUACAGAAGCCAUUCCAGAAAGAUCGGCACUCUCAGGUGGCACACCGCAAUUUUCACGCCAAUGAACUGGACAGAGAAGAAGCCAGAAAUAGAAGAGCCCACUUGAUAUCACUCAAUGCUUUCGAGCGACAUAAAAAGUUUGUCAGCGACUACAUACUCUAUUACGGAGGACACAUGGCCGACUUCAAACGCUCUACAAAAAAUGACAAAACCGACUCAGAUGUUUUACGGGAGAACCAUCGCUUCCUCUGGAGGGAUGAGGAUGAAGAAGAUAUGACUUGGGAAAAGGAAUUGGCAAAAAAGUAUUAUGACAAGCUGUUUAAGGAGUACUGCAUAGCUGAUCUCAGUCGAUAUAAGGAAAACAAGUUUGGCUUCCGCUGGCGGACGGAAACUGAAGUUGUUUCCGGGAAAGGUCAAUUCCAAUGUGGCAACAAACGCUGUGAGAAACAAGAAGGCCUUAAAAGCUGGGAGGUGAAUUUUGCCUACGUGGAACAAGGUGACAAGAGGAACGCGUUGGUCAAACUGAGACUUUGUCCAGAAUGCUCCUUCAAACUCAACUUCCACCAUAAACGAAAGGAGGUGAAGGCAAAGAAGAUAUUAGGAAAGGUAAGAGAAGAGAAGCAGGAGUCACCACGGAAAAAGAAGAAGAAGAGCUCACCGUCGCGCUCCAAGAAGCGCAAGCACCGGAGGCACAGGGAUCCGUCUUCUUCCUCGUCUUCCGGCAGCUCGGACGAGUCGUCGGGCAAAGACACGGAAGGAGAGGCUUGCGCCUCCGAGUCGGACCACUGGCGAGGACCCGCCCCGGCAGUGGAGGAAAAGUCAAGGGAAGAAGAAUUUGACGACUACUUUGAGGACUUGUUCCUCUAGAUGUCAUGCUUACAACUGUCUUCCACUGAAAUUCAAGUAUUUGUCUUUUUGACUGUUGCUGAAAUAAACGUUUUUGACGUUAAUUACAGUCCCGAUACGAUUACCAACGGACUUUUUUGUUAAAAAUUUUAGUUGAGAAAUGGAACAAAAUGUAUAUUAGUGCUGCAACGAUUAAUCGAUUAACUCGAGUAUUCGAUUAGAAAAAAAAUAUUAGAAUUAAAUUUUGCUGCUUGGAGUAUUCGUUUAAUUGAAGUGGCGUUGUAAUGUUUUGUUUUUAAAAGUGUUUGCAUUUAGUUUUAUUGAUUUGGGUGAUACACUGCCCUCUCGUCUGCCUCAUUUCACGUGGCUGAAUCCAGCUGCUCCCUGUUAAGACCAACAUUAGCUAAAUUUUUGUUUGAGGUCAUGUUUUUUAAUGCAAUCGUAAAGUAUAUUUAGCAGUUUUUUGUAGGAAUAUGUGUCUGAACCAUUUUUAAGAGCAUUGUAAAAAAAAAAAAAAAAAAAAAAGUUAGUGUUUUAUAGCAUUUAAGCUAGCAGACUUUUGCUAUGUAAGUUAGCCAACUGUUCUUUUGUUGUACAUGAUCCUCAUUUUUUAAUUUUUUUACACCGUUUGAGGCUCAGCUCAGGUAUUUUAAUUUUUUAUGUUCCUUACCCGAUUACUCGAUUAUUCGAACUAACUAGUUCAUUGAUUAAUCGCCUACUGAAAUAAUCGAUAGCUGCAGGCCUAUAUUUUUGUAUUAAUUAUGUUCACAAAAUGUCAUUUAACUGUUUUAGCCACAUUAAAAACGCGUAUUUUGUUUGUGAAAAUAUUUUAAUUUGGGGUUUAGCUUUAAUCAUAAUCUAUGUUACUACCUUACUAGGACUAGGAGUUCCACAGGGCUCAAUUCUUAGCCCACUGUUCUUGAAUGUUCACGUAACUGAAAUCUGUCGGGGCAUGGGUUUUUGUUUUGUAAACACCAAAACAUGGUCCGAGUGAGUUGUAGUUUCACAGAAAACAAGUUUAACAAUUAUGUUCAUUUUAUUUUUUUGUGAGCUGUAACUUUUUGUUACUACCUUAGGACAGGGAGUUCCACAGGGCUCAGUUCUUAGCCCACUCUGCUUGAAUGUUAUUUCAUAGGUUCUUAUUUUAAAAACACGUACUUUUUUAGUGAAAAUGUUAUGUUUAUUAUGUUUUGUUGUUAGCUUUAAUAAUAAUCUUGGUUGCUACCUUAAAAAUAGGACUAGAGGUUCCACAGGGCUGAAUUCUUAGCUCACUCUCCUUGAAUGUUCUUUCACGUAACUGAAAUAUGUCGGAGCACGAGUCUUUGUUUUGUAAACACAAAACAUGGUUCGAGUGAGUUGUAGUUUCAUAGAAAACAUGUUUGUUAACCAUAAUGUUAACUUUGUUUAUUUGUUAGCUAUAACAUUUGAUUACUACCUAAAAAAUAGGAUGGGGAGUUCCACAGGGCUCAAUUUUUAGCCCACUCUGCUUGAAUGUUAUUUCAAGUUUCCUUGUUUUAAAAACAGGUAUUUUGUUAGUGGAAAUAUUAUCUCAAUAAUCUUGGUUACCAGCUCAAAAAUAGGACAAGGAGUUCCACAGGGCUGAAUUCUUAGCCCGCUCUUUUUGAAUGUUCUUUCACGCAACUGAAAUGUGUCACAGCACGAGUCUUUGUUUGGUAAACACAAAAUGUCAUUUGAGUAAGUUGUAGUUUGAUAGAAAAAACGUUUGUUAAUCCUCGUGCCUCAAAAUACUAAACCUUUGUAGUAUAUUGUUUUCGGGUUAAGAAUGCCCUAUUUUCAAGUUCGGGCAUGUCAAAAGCAGGCAAUUGCACGAGUCACCAUGAUCCGAAUCACAAGUAAGUCCCGAGGCUUCCUGUUGUGGGCAAGUCGAGUCGAGUCAUGAGGUUAUGUCGAGUUGAGUCAUAACGUUAUGUCAAGUUGGGUCGAGUUGAGUCGUGUCAAGUCAAAGGUUGUAAAGACAAUUCGUGUCAAUUCAAAAGGGUGUCAAGUCGAGUCACAGGUUGUUGCAUAACGGCUUGGUGAGAGCGGCCAAGGCGACCAAUCGGGUCACUGACAGGUGGGAACCACUCUACGAUCCAAUUUUUCCGAGUCAGCCUGUUGAGUCUCGAGUUAUUGUCUCACAAGUCGAGUCAAGUCUCGAGUCUUGGACCCUCCCAACUCAAGCGAGUCGAGUUUGAGACUGUUUUCUUCAAGUCUGAGUCGAGGCCCCAUGAUUUGAGUCCAAUUUUCAGGUCAAAGUACCAUUGAUUUUUGCAUACUCAAACUUGAAAAUGGGUCAAUUCUGACCCCAAACACAACAUGAGGGGAAAACAACAGGGUUUAGUUUUCCGCUGAAAUGUAUACUAUAUAUAUAAUUUAUUUUUUGUUUUUGCUUUUGUGCAUCUGUGUUAUUUCUUAGCUAUAACUUACAAAUAGGAGGCGGAGUUCCACAAGGCUCAAUUCUUAGCCCACUUUCAUUGAAUGUUCUUUCAUGGUUCCUAGUUUUAUAAACACAAAAUGUCAUUCCAGAGCUUAUUUCUAAUAAUUUUAGCUUUUUUCUGAUGACCCUAAAUCAGAAAAAAGUAAACCUUUAACCAAAUUUUCUUUGGUCCAUUUUUCACCGCCGCCACUUGUUGAACGCUCAGGAUGUCGAAUGCGGCCAGGCAACGUCGAAUCAAGCGCGGGGGAUCAGAAACAAUCCGCUGAUCCUCUUCCCUGCCAGGCUCAUCCAGCUUUGGAGCCUAUAAGAUCCCCGCACGAUACAAGAGAUAAGAGGAAACGCUUGUUUCUGCUAAGCCCCCGACGGGUGGGGUCGGUCGGGGAGCACCCGAGGGGGCUUCCUCUGACCUUGACGCGUCGGAGUGAUCAAGCGACACCUAAAAGUCCAUGCAGCUCCUUUUAUUCUCUCAUGACAAGCACAUACGAACAUUAGAAGGAGAAACAGUCAAAAUUGGGAGGGUUACGUCAUGCCAUUCUGGGCCCUGAAGAAGCACAGAGCGACAUUUCCAGGUAGUUGUAAAGCUCCUCUGAUUGGAUUAGGGACAUUUGAUUGACACCUCAUUGAUUGGAGCUGAAGACGUUGCAUAAGAGGAGGAAGUGGGAAAACAUUUGGGGAAAGUGCAGGGCGACCCAAUUCCACAAAGUAGACUUGGAACCCGUCAAUAACACGAAAGCGCGCGUGACAUUAUCAACAACACAUAUUGAUAAGGCUUUGCUAGGUGUGCAAUAAAAUCAAACGCUUACCCUAGGUUUUUACUUGAUUUAUUUUAUUUACAUUGCUUAAAUCUAUUUCACGCCUCGGUUCUUUUUAACACAUUUUUUAUGAGCGCUACGUGGUCAACUGGUGAACUCAUGCAAGUCAUGCGUGGGGGAUUGUUAUGGAUUUUUCCCGUCUAAAUCAUAUCACAUCACAGGAGAUAAAAGGUGACGUUGUUUGCGUGUUUUUGAGUUAGAUAGUACAUGUAAAAAAAUAUAUAUACAGUGGGACAAAUAUAUUUUUAGUCAACCACUAAUUGUGUAAGUUCUCCCAUUUGAAAAUAUUAGGCCUGUAAUCAGGGCCGGCCCAGCCUAUACGCAGACUAUGCAGCUGCUUAGGGCCCCUGACCACUAGGGGGGCCCCAAUCUGGCCAUUUUUUAAUUUAUAUUCUAUUUUGUUUACUACAAUUUGCUUUAUUUGAAUUUUGUGAGUUUUGAUACUUGAUUACAAGCUUAAAAAAAAUAAAAAUUCUUCCUUAACCUCUUUCUUUCCUCUUUUAGAAAAAGGUUUGGCGCUAUCUACUGUAAGUACUGACAAUCAUUUGGGGUGAGAAGUUUGAAGUAUGCAGUGCAACAAAAUCUGAUUAAUAUACAAAAUAUGGACGUAUGGGUUGGAUUGCAUGUAUGGGUUUCACAGUACACUGUGACGAAAUGGUGGGCCAAAAAUAUGGGCCCCUUUGCAUUAUUUUGCUUAGGGCCCCCAAAUGGCCUGGGCCGGCCCUGCCUGUAAUUAGAGAUACCGAUCGAUCGGGUCCGAUCACGUCAUUUUCAAAGUAUCGGAAUUGGCAAAAAAAUAUCGGCCAUGCCUUUUUUUAAUAUAUAUACAGUAUAUUUUUUAAUUAAAUCAUUUUCUAAUUGUAUUUAACGUUACACUCAUCCAGAGUCUUUAGUUUAGGCUUAAGGUAGGGUUAUCAAAUUUAUCCCGAUAACGGCGGUAAUUAAUUUUUAAAAAAAUGUAUCAUGUUAAAAUAUUUAACGCAAUUAAUGCAUGCGCUGCACGACCCACCCAUGCAUUGUCGCGCCCAAUCUGUAAUGGCGCCGUUUUACCUAUAUAGGGAGAUAAAAGGCAGUGUAAAAUGAGUAGAGUGAAUUUUGGCAGCCUUUGGAGCCUUUUUUUAAUUGGCUAAAGCCUAACAGUCCUUCUCCCUACGAUUAGAAAUAUCAUGGGAAGCAAUGUGGGGAAGCAAGGUAGCAAAAGAUCUUUUUCUUAACACCUCAUAUUAUUUCCCUACGCAGAGAAGAUAUAUCAAUUGGUAGCACUACGCACAGUCAUGGUUCCACUUCCCAUGAUGCAUUUGGGCAUGGUUACAGUAUCAUUUACUGAAAGCUCAACAAAUACACUAGAUGGCAAUAUUUAGUCACAAUAUACAAAGUGACAAGUCUUGCUAUCCGUGGAUCCCUCUCACAGAAAGAAUGUUAAUAAUGUAAAUGCCAUCUUGAGGAUUUAUUGUCAUAAUAAACAAAUACAGUCCUUAUGUAUUGUAUGUUGAAUGUAUAUAUUCGUCCGAGUUUUAUUCAUUUUUUUCCUUAAUGCAUUGCCAAAAUGUAUAUGAUCGGGAAAAAUGAUCGGGAAUGAUUGGAAUUGAAUCGGGAGCAAAAAAAACAAUCGGAUCGGGAAAUAUCGGGAUCGGCAGAUACUCAAACUAAAACGAUCGGGAUCGGAUCGGGAGCAAAAAAACAUGAUCAGAACAACCCUACCUGUAAUUGUCAACAUGGGUAAACCUCAACCAUGAGAGACAUGUCGUGUCGUUAUGUUUUAGUCUCCCAAGACACGUUUUUAGUUCGUUAUUGUCUCGUCAUCGUCAUGAAAAAAAAUUGUUCGUUGAUGAAAUAUUUUCAUUAUAGUCAUCGUCGACGAAAACAAUGUUUAGACUGCAUGGUUUUCCCACCGUUUCUUACUUUUACUUUUAACCAGCCCCUCCCUCUUCAAAUAGAUUUGCUAUUCAUCGCCGUCCUUUACCAGUACACCAAAUUUCAACAAAAUCCAAACACUUUGCUUAAAGAACCCGAUAAUUACAAUAUACACAAACAUUCGGUAUUGUGCAUUUUUUUAUUCCUAUUUGACUAUUUUAAAGUAAUAUUUCCAUCCAAAAGUUGUUCCAUGCUAAUUGGCUAGCGAGCAACUUCCACAGAUGCUGUCCCAAAAAGAGGUUUCCCGUGAAGGAAAAAAAAAAAAAAAAAAAAAAAGCGUACGACCGUCCAACUUGUCCUCAAAGUUCUCACAUUGUUCCUCUUGGUUUUUCGGAUUGUGGUCUUCUCGGGAUUCUAAUCCAGACUAAAAAAAGGCGGUCUAGACCAGAUUUGGUAACCGGGAACAACUAGACAUCCGAUCGGAAGGCGGAACCAAUCCGGCUGAAGUCCGUUAUUGUGCGACGUUGGGAAGAAUUCAGCAUAUGGUGCACGUUUUUGACUUGCUGUCGCCACCACCAGCUAGAAAACGAGAAAUGGGAUGAUGUAAUUAGUUCCAUGCACAAAAUACAAUGUAUACAUAUACACACACAC